AUGAGGCUGGGGAAGAGGGCGAUCGAGACCGUGCGCGAAGUUUCAGUAAAGAACGGCAAGCCGAUGAGCAACGCGCACCGCGGCCGUCUUGCUGGCCUCUUCUCCUCGGCGUCCUCACGGAACCAUCGUUCCGACGAACAGGUCGCGAGGCUGAUGGAGGAGCUCCAGAGGCAGAGGGACCUCAAGGAGACGUACAAGGCCCGGCUGGAGAGCACGCAGGGGUACCUCAGGUUCUGCCUCGAGGUCGCCCAGGAGCACGGCUUCCUGCACCUCAUAUCCGACAACGCGCGGCGGCACUACUCGCCGCGCCGCGACGCCGAAGCCCAAGCCGCGACGGUCGACGACGACGACGACGUGGACGAAGACGAGCCAGCGGAGACAUCGACCUGCGACCCGUACCUGACCGCCACGCGGGACCUCUCCGUGAAGCACGGCUGGUCCGUCUCACCCGACGAGAUCGAGCUGCACGAGGUGAUAGGCCAGGGGACGACGGCGGAGAUACACAGGGCGACGUGGCGGGGGCUCGACGUGGCGGUGAAGAGGGUGCGCCCGGAGUUCUUUGUCUCCAACCCGAGCGCCGAGGCCUUCUUCGCGCAGGAGCUCGACGCGCUGGCACGGCAGCGGCACCCGUACGUGCUUCGGCUGAUGGGCGCGUGCCUGCGGCCCCCCGAGAGCUGCUUCCUUGUGACGGAGCUGCUGAGCGGGGCGACGCUGGGAGAGUGGCUGCACGGGGGCAGGGAGCGGCUGCCGCGGGCGUCGUCGCCGCCGCCACCACCGCUGGCGGACAGGGUGAGCAGGGCGCUGGAGAUCGCGCUGGCCAUGCGGCACCUCCACGAGCAGACGCCCAGGGUCGUGCACCGCGACCUGAAGCCCAGCAACGUGCUGCUGGAUGCUGACCUGCGCGCGCGGGUCGCCGACUUCGGCCACGCCAGGUUCUUGCCGGACGGCAAGGAGGCGCUCACCGGCGAAACGGGGACUUAUGUGUAUAUGGCUCCAGAAGUGAUUCGCUGCGAACCGUACACAGAAAAAUGCGACGUCUACAGCUUCGGCAUCAUACUAAAUGAACUGAUAACUGCAGAGCAUCCGUACAUUGAUACAAGCUACGGACCUAGUAAGAUUGCGCUGGAAGUAGCAGCUGGAAAAUUAAGACCAAAACUCCCAGAGAGUGAUGCAUAUCCUACUUGCCUGAUCGAUCUCAUCUGCAGAACCAUGUGCCUCCGCCUCUCCUACCUCAUGGCGCGCGCCUCCUCCGUCCUUGUGGUGCCUCUCGCUGUUCACACGCAGGCGUCAGCCGCCUCGUCAGAGGCGUCAAAUGCAGCCGCCGGCGUCGCGUUACAAGGCCACGACACUGGUGCUAUGACCCCUGACGUCGCCGCCUUGUACGAAGACACGCCCGCCGUGACACCAGACUCUGAACCGGGCAACCGGCGGGAAUUUGUUUCGACCUUUCGGGCCGUGCACCCGUGCGGCGUCCUCACCUCCGUCAGAGUGGUCCAUGCUCUGUGGGAGUACACGGCAUUGACAAAAGCUUGCUCUCGGAGGAGAUCCUCGCGACCGCUGCCUUCUUGA